UUUAAGUAAAAUGCGACGAACCUACGUCAGAAAAUCAACUAGAGGCGAAUGGACUGAAGAAGACCUUAGAGCAGCUGCAAAUGCUUUACGUCAGCAGCCAACCCAGAGUGCAAAUGCGAUUUCUAAAGAAUAUAGAAUCCCUCUACGAACCUUGAUGAGACGUAUAAAGAAUAAAAAUCUUGAAAAGGGAAGUCUUGGACCAACCGCGUCGUUAGGUAUUGAAAAUGAACUUAAACUGGUUUCUUAUAUAAAACGUUUAGAACAAAUUGGCUAUGCUCCAACUUCAAGAGACGUAAGACACCUUGCUUUUACCUUUGCUCAAAGGAAUGGGUUAAAAUGUCGAUUUAACCAAAAAAAAAAAUUAGCAGGCUACGAUUGGUUUAAACUUUUUUUUAAAACGACACCCAACCCUAACCAUGAGAGUAGCUCAAGGUCGUUCAAUUGCACGUUCACUUGGUAUGUCUGCCGCAGAAGCAGAUCCAUACUUCCAAAUAUUAAACGAUACAUUUACGACGCUCAAUUUGUUUGAUAAACCGGCACAAAUUUUCAAUAUAGACGAGAGUGGCUUGCAAUUAUGCAAUAAACCUACCAAAGUCGUGGCCACAAAAGGAGCUAGAGAUGUACAGUCGGUCACGAGCUCAGAAAAAGGAGAAACAGUUAGCGUCAUCACUUGUUGUAACGCAGAAGGUAGCUUUUUGCCUCCCUACGUAAUAUUUAAAGGCAAAAACAAAAAAAGGGAGUUUGAAGAUAACAUGACCCCUGGGUCGGUAGUAGUGAUGUCUCCAGAGUCCGCCUAUGUGAAAACCAGUAUCUUCUCAUCAUGGAAUAAAGACCAUUUUUUGCCUCGUAAGGGACCAGGCCCUGCAGUACUGAUAUUAAAGGGCCAUGCUUCGCAUUGUAAUGACGUGGAUCUUUUGGACUUUUUGGCUGAAAAUGAAAUUGCUGUAGUUUGUUUACCAAGUCACACGACUCACUGGCUUCAGCCUUUAGACCGUUCAUUUUUUAAACCUUUAAAGACCUACUGGAAUAGCGCAUGUAAUCAGUGGAUAAGAAAUCAUCCAGGACGUCGAAUAACCAGGUAUCAGUUUGGAGAACUAUUAAACCAAGCGUGGUCUCAAGCCGCAACGGUUCAGAAUGGUGUUCUGGAUUUCGGGCUUGUGGAAUUUAUCCAUGUCCAAAGAUGCAAUUCCGCACUAUGCAUAUGCUCUAGCUGAACACCAAACUGGAAAUCCACAGAAAGAAGUGGUACAUGUCGAUGCAGAAAACUCUGACGAACAUAGCGGCGUCGUAGCUGUUGUAAAUUUUGGUGAUAUUGCUCCAAUUCCAUCCAUAGCUGGUCCUAGUAGAUCAAACGUUAGAAAACAACACGCAGAAGUCCUUACUUCUCCUGACUACCGCCAAAAAAAAAACGCCAAAAAAUUGAAGGAAAACAAAAGAAGCAAC